AUGAACAGGCUAACCAAUGUAGGGAAGCCUGGAUUAGCGAGGGUCGAGGUGGCCGAACAAGAAGUACUCGAAUUGGAAAGAAAGUACAAUAAAGAGACCGUGCAUGCUUGGAGAUACGCUCGGUUCUGGUCCCGUGCAAAUCUCAGUAAGCAUAUGGCCAAGAAGCGUGAGAAAUUAAAAGUCCUGCUAGAAGAAGAAAAACUUGAUGAUGGAGGGGUAGUUAAAAGAUCCCCGAGCUUAUCGAAGGCCAGGAAUAUCGAGAAGGUGCAAAAUGCAAUCACACAAAUGGGUACGAAGCUGAAAGUGGAGGGCGGAAGGGACCCGGUUGAGAUUGCACAACUCAUAAAUGACGAGUUGGAAGGCAUGAGGUUCUUACUUCUCCUAGAUGAAGUUUGGGAUCAUUUAAAUUUAAAAGAGGUAGGUAUUCCCUCCAAUGACAAGGGCAGCAAGGUGGUAUUUGCCAGUAGAUUCUAUGAUUUGUGCCAUGACAUGGGUGCUGGCGAGUUGGUCCAUAUGAAUCGUUUAUCCGAUGCCGAUGCAUAUAAAAUCUUCGAAGAAAAAGUAGGUCAGACUAUGGAAGUGUGA